AUGCAUCGAGUAUUGCUCUUUAAACUUAUAAUUAUUUUGGUUAUAUUAACCUUCUCACCUAAUGUUCAAGGAUCAUCUUGCACUCAAAAUGGUAAUACGUUACAAUGUUCCUUCACAGGUCCUUCAACAAUCAAUACAAAUUCUAUUCCAAUUGGAAUCAAUUCACUUAAUAUUACAUAUAGUGGAUCUACCAGUUUAAGUAUAAUGGCACCAUCAACAGUAACUUUAAUUCAAAUAAAUCCUGUUGAUACCAAUGACAAUCAUACAAUUCAAAUAUCAAAUAUAAAUACUGGUACAGCACGUAUUGAGAUAAAUAUUCGUCUCUCAACCAAUCAAGUUUUAUUAACAUUAUUUACACCAACAUGUUCUAUUCUCGCAUCAAAUAGUACUAUACGUAUUCAUGUCAUACAAACAAUUUCCGAUGCAGCUAAUUUCAAAAUAUUUGAUAGUUCAAAUACAGGAACAAUGAAUUUUGGUACUUAUGAAGUUAUUUUUGAUCAAAAUAAUUCAAAUUCUGGCACUUUAAAUUUUCCAAAUCUUAUUUGUGGAUUAAAAAAUAUUUCAAGUAUAAUUAUAUCUGGUAAUAAACAUUAUCUUAAUGUUCAACAAUCUCAAAUGGCGUCACCUAUUAGUAUUUAUCGAUUAGCAUUAAAAAAUCUUCGUUUAUAUAAUCAAGUUUUAUAUAAUGUUAAUAAUCUACAUGAAUAUUUGAUUGAAGGAUGUGAUUAUAACAAAACGGCACAAUUUUUAAAUUCUAAUCAAGAUAAUAAUAUAUCAUUAAUCAUGAAAAAUAACAAUCCAUUAGAUUUAACAUUACCAAAUGGUGAAAAUGCUUUUAAUGUAGCAAAUGUAAGAUUUAUAAGUAUAACUCUUAAUGAACCAAAAUUGAAUUCAUCAUGUUUAAAUACAAUUAAAGGAUCAAAAUUAAAUCUUAUAACAUUAGUUCUCAAUCUUGGUUCUUAUUCCGCCGAUGAUUUUGAGGAAUGGAAAGAAGAAAAUCCUUAUUUUUGGUAUUUAACAAUAAUGAAUAUUUCAACAUUAGAUAUAUUUCCAUCGAAAUUUUUCAAUAGCUUAGAUGCUUUAGUUCAAACAACAUUACAAGGUACAUUUAGUCUGGAAAAAAAUCAUAUAUGCAUUUUUGCUGGUUUUCCUAUUCCGGCUAGACCAGUAUCUCCUCUUCUAACAUUAUCUUCUUCAGAAAAUCCAGGAGAGUGGGAUAAAUGUGCUGAUACUUAUAUAAAAGCUAUUAAUCAGAGAUCAAUCGAAAAUGUUCAAUGUCCUAACGAGAAUACUUGUCAAGAUUGUGCCGAUUGGAGUCAACUUGCACAACUAUGCUCUCUCACUACAUUUGAAAAUCAAUGUGAAGACACUACAAGAGCCACAAAUAACCCAUUUUACUAUAGCAACAGUUAUUUGUAUAGUUUCUUUCAAAAUUGUUCAUGGUUAGAUCGACCAACAUGUUCAGCAGUAACACCAUCAUCACAACCAAAUUCAAUGAAUAUUGGUGCUAUUAUUGGUGCAGUAUGUGGUCUUAUUGUAGCUAUUGCAAUUCUUGGAAUUACAAUUUUUUAUAUUUAUCAAUCACGUAGAAAACAAGCAGCUAAAAAUUUAGGAUCAACAUCGAAGGAAAAACCUGGACAUUCAGCAUAUGACUCAACAAAUGUGUCGGUAGCAACAAGUAAAACAUCUCAAUCAUCACGUUAUGCACUUCAACAUUCAUUUUUUCCUCCAAUACAACCAAAUGAUGAAAUAGCUCCACCACUUUAUACUGCACCAUCAGAAUCGAUUGCUCCUACAUCACCUUAUAAUUUCCCACCAGCACCAAGUGCUCCUCGUGAUAGUAUUUCAACUCAUGCAACACAUGUAUAUGAAACAGUUGACAAUUAA